AUGUCUUUGAAGCGUUAUGCAAUAAUCGCGGCGGUCACGAGAGGAGAAUCAACAAUAACUACAACAUCUUUGCCCACGAGCGAGGAGGAGGAGGUGCUGCACUCGCAGGAGCUCGCCAGCAGCUCCUCGAUAACGACGUACUACAAUGGCGGCAUGGGUCUCUAUAAUCAACAGCGCGGCAUUGGAGCUGGCAUAUCGCUGCUCAACGGCGCCGCCGGCUCUGGGAGCGGAAGCAGCUCGGGCGGAGGCUCACAGAGCUACGCUCACGUUGUCAAUGGCAGCGUGAAUCUCCUGCUUGGCGGGUCUAUGCUCUGCCUGGUGACGACAAUUUUGUGUGUCGUCUGUUAUUGUUGCCAUCGCAAUAUUAAAAAACGCACAGAGGCCGCCUACAGGCAGCAGCAACAUCAGUGGCUGGAAAACGAUCCCAAUAUGGAAAUAUACAGCGUUGAACAGUGCUAUGAAACAUCGGGACUGUUCUUGGGCGACUCAACGGAUGGUUUGGCCACGCUGCCAGCUUUGCACCAUGAGCCGCCGCCGUCGUACGACGCGGUCGUCCUACACGAACAGCAACUGUUGCAGCAGCAGCAGCAACAGCUCGAGGAGCAGCAGCUCCAACUGCAGCAACAGCAACUGAUGUUGCAGCGCGUAUCGCCGCCGCCCGGCUACCGCUCCACCUUGGACAUAAGCAGCGCGCAGCAAGGAAUUGAAAUAUCAAACACCGAUGUAAUGGCGGGCAGCAGCAGCAGCAGCUGCAGCAACAGCAAUGCAGCAGCUGCUGGAGCAGGACCAAUGGCUAAUAAGCAGCUGCAGCGCACCUUGAAUGCUCAGUCCUGUUGCUCGCUGCAGCGCGCCGAGGUGGAGAACAUGUGGAACGCAGCCGCGGCGGCCGUUGCAGCUCGCAGUGGACACUGCCAGGAGCUGGACACAUAUGUGCCCAUGCCCAUGUCGAUGGACCUGUCGUCAUCAUCGCCGCCUUUGCCACUGGCUCUACAGGCGCGCAAGCAUGCUCAGGCGGCCAUGCGGCUCAACAGCUUUGGGCGGCGCUAUUUGCAGUACAGUCAGCAUCAGCAUCACCAGCAACAGCAGCACAACCACUACAGACGCGGCUGUCCACUGUGCGGGAAAUUCCGCUACGCGGCUGAGGACGAGGCGUUGACGGCAUCUGUCGAAAGUGUCCUGGAACAGUGUGAUGCCAAUGAGAAUGAGGCAAGUGCUCAACACCAGCAACAGCAGCAGCCGGAGCAACAACAGCAGCAAUACCACCAACAACAGCAGCAGCAACCCGCCAUCGAAAAUCCCAAUCAAAUUGAUGCUGAUGCGGCGAAUGGAAAUGUGGUGGACAGCACAACUGAAGCUGCAUCAGCAACUGUUGCUGACAUAGACAUGGGCAUAGACGAAAAUGACAAUGCAGCUGCGACGUCAGCAACAGCAGCACCAGCAGCGACAUCUUCAACAGCUGAAGCUGACGCUGAAGCAGAUGCUGCUGACCUGGAUAUCAACAACAUGAAUGAGAAUGGCAUCAUCAGCCUGGACAUGAGCAAAAUCAUUGAUAUAUCGGGCCUGCCCACCUACGAGGGCGCUCUGAAGCUCGAAUCCAGUGGCUAUGUGUAAACAGUUCCCAGUUCCCGGUUCCCACAGUCAAGUUUACAUUACGCAAUAACCAAAUGAUAUCACACAUGUGCUUUAUUUUAUAAGAUAAUAUGGAGCAGAUGCCCAGAACACGUUUAGCUGUAUUUAGUGAAUUUUUCAAUUUGUCAUAGCAACAAUCCUAACGAACUGUUCUGAGGUUCUCCUUAGUUUCAAUCAUGAUCUCGAAAUGCGCGACUUUAGUAUCUGUCCCAAAAACCGAAAAGGUUCCUCUUUAA